AUGACUCGUUUGUUAGCUAAUGAAAACAAAGAAGAGAAUUCAUCUUUUAAUGGUGGUUCGACGGUUUUUAACACUUGUCUUUCAAUUAAUUAUGCUGUUACAAUGGGAUUAAUAUUAAACAACAAAUUUUCUGUUUUAUCUAUUACUUACAUUAUUGGCAUGAUGAUACUCUUGGCUUUCCUUUGUAUACUUUCCUUAGAACCAGUUUAUUAUUGUCAACAUCCAGGUCGUUUCAGUGAUAAUCUUUUUGAAUUAAGAAAUUUCACUUGCAGCUGCACUAAAAGUCUUAUGUUAUUCUUUGGACUUCUUAUGUUAAUAAUCCUUGUGAUUGUUAAUAGAAGAAGUGGAAAUUAA